AUGGAUGAAGUUAAUGAAAACUCAGCCGCUGAACUGUCACAGGAAGAGGAUAGGUUGAAACCGGUGUCAGCUGCUGAGCAGCUCACUGCCAUUUCACGCAGAAAGACCAAAUCGACAUAUCUUGGGGGGGGGGGGGGGGGGGGGGGGGGGGGGGGGGGGGGGGGGGGGGGGGGGGGGGGGGGGGGUGGGGGGGGGGGGGGGGGGGGGGGGGGGGGGGGGGGGGGGGGGGGGGGGGGGGUGGGGGGGGGGGGGGGGGGGGGGGGGGGGGGGUGGGGGGGGGGGGGGGGGGGGGGGGGGGGGGGGGGGGGGGGGGGGGGGGGGGGGGGGGGGGGGGGGGGGGGGGGGGGGGGGGGGGGGGGGGGGGGGGGGGGGGGGGGGGGGGGGGGGGGGGGGGGGGGGGGGGGGGGGGGGGGGGGGGGGGGGGGGGGGGGGGGGGGGGGUGGGGGGGGUGGGGGUGGUGGUGGUGGGGGGGGGGGGGGGGGGGGGGGGGGGGGGGGGGGGGGGGGGGGGGGGGGGGGGGGGGGGGGGGGGGGGGGGGGGGUGGGGGGGGGGGGGGGGGGGGGGGGGGGGGGGGGGGGGGGGGGGGGGGGGGGGGGGGGGGGGGGGGGGGGGGGGGUGGGGGGGGGGGGGGGGGGGGGGGGGGGGGGGGGGGGGGGGGGGGGGGGGGGGGGGGGGGGGGGGGGGGGGGGGGGGGGGGGGGGGGGGGGGGGGGGGGGGGGGGGGGGGGGGGGGGUGGGGGGGGGGGGGGGGGGGGGGGGGGGGGGGGGGGGGGGGGGGGGGGGGGGGGGGGGGGGGGGGGGGGGGGGGGGGGGGGGGGGGGGGGGGGGGGGGGGGGGGGGGGGGGGGGGGGGGGGGGGGGGGGGGGGGGGGGGGGGGGGGGGGGGGGGGGUGGGGGUGGGGGGGUGGGGGGGGGGGGGGGGGGGGGUGGGGGGGGGGGGGGGGGGGGGUGGGGGGGGGGGGGGUGGGGGGGGGGGUGGGGGGGGUGGUGUUGUGUUGGGGGGUGGGGGGGGGGUGGGGGGUUGGGUGGUUGGGUGGGGUGGGGUUGGUUGGUUGUUGUGGGAUUGUGGGUGGUUUGUUGUGUGGGGUGGGGUUGGGGGGUGGUGUUGUGGGGGUUUUGGGGUUUGGGGGUGGGGGGGGGGGGGUGGGUGGGGGGUGUGUGGGGGGGGGGGGGGUUUGUUGGGUGGGGGGUGUGUUGGUUGGGGGGGGGUUUGGGUUUUGGGGGGUUGGGGUUUGGGGGGUUUGUUGGGUGGUGUUUGGGUUGGGUGGUGUGGUGUGGUGGGGUGGUGUGGGUUGGGGGUGGUGGGGUGUGUGGGGGGGGUUGGGGGGGUGGUUGUUUGUUGGGGUGGGUGGUUGGUUUUGGUUGGUGGUGGGUUGGGGGUGGUUGGGGGGUGUGGUGGGGAUAUUUUGAGAGGGGGUUUAGGUGGUGGGAUAGGUGGUGGGGGGGGGGUGGGGGGUGUUGGGGGGGGGAGGGUUGUAUUUAAGUACCCCCUGCCACUAUGA